AGAUUUCUGAUUAAUAGAUGAACACUCUGCUGAGCAAAAGCCUCGACUCACUCCUCGUGUCUUUUCCUUUUACCUUCAAGGAGUCAAACUUCCUGUACAUCUUUAAAGUAGUCUUGAGCACAAGUAAAGUGACGUGUGCUUUCAUUCCAUUGGGACAUGUUGUGGAAAAGUCCCUCAGGGGAAGGCCUCAGGGCAGACCAAGGAUUUGCUGAACAGAUUACAACUCCUGGCCGUCCGGGGAAUGCCUCAGCAUUCCCAUGGAGGGAGUUGGGAAUUGUUCGAGUUAGUGACAGCUGUUUUCGGAACCUAGCAGAGGACCGCAGCGGCAUCAACCUCAAAGAUCUCGUCCACGACCCCUCCUUGUUGGGGGGCAUGAUCGUGGCCUACAAGAUAGUGCCAGAUGAGAUAGAUGAAAUCAAGGAAACACUGGUGGAUUGGUGUGAUGAGAAAGAACUCAACCUCAUCCUCACCACCGGGGGCACUGGCUUCGCCCCGAGAGACGUAACACCAGAGGCCACUAAGGAGGUGAUAGAGCGGGAGGCUCCUGGGAUGUCUCUGGCAAUGCUGAUGGGAUCCCUCAAUGUCACACCAUUAGGCAUGCUUUCCAGACCUGUUUGCGGUAUCCGAGGCAAGACGCUCAUCAUCAACUUACCAGGAAGUAAGAAAGGCUCCCAGGAAUGCUUUCAGUUCAUCCUCCCAGCGCUGCCGCACGCCAUCGACCUCCUUCGGGACGCGGUGGUGAAAGUAAAAGAGGUGGUAGACGAACUGGAGGACUUGCCUUCGCCACCGCCACCCCUUUCGCCGCCUCCCAACAGUUCGCCACGCCGCCAGACAGAAGACAAAGGUGUGCAGUGCGAGGAGGAGGAUGAGGAGAAGAAGGACAGCGGGGUGGCAUCCACCGAGGACAGCUCCUCCUCCCACAUCACCUCUGCAUCCAUCACUGCCAAGAUCCCAGACUCCAUCAUCUCGCGGGGUGUGCAGGUGUUACCCAGGGAUGCAGCCUCUCUCAGUACCACGCCCUCCGAGUCGCCUCGCGCCCAGGCAACCUCCCGCCUCUCCACUGCUUCCUGUCCCACACCCAAAGCGCGGCUCCCCUCCUGUUCAUCCACCCUAAGCAUUGCUGAGGCCUCACGGAGAGAAUUCAGGGCUCACCUGGAUGAGGUCAUCACGCUCAAGUCAAGGUACUCUACCUUGGACCAGCUCCAUUGUAGGUUGGAGGUGCUUAAAGAUGAUCGCAGGAGGACCUUCAGCUCUCGAGUGCAGUCACGAUGCAGCAGCAAAGAAAAUAUCCUAAGAUCAAGUCACAGUGCAGUGGACAUCACAAAAGUUGCCCGGAGACACCGCAUGUCCCCUUUCCCCCUUACCUCCAUGGACAAGGCCUUCAUUACUGUGCUAGAGAUGACCGCCGUCCUGGGCACUGAAAUCAUCAACUACAGAGAUGGGAUGGGUCGAGUCCUGGCUCAGGACGUUUAUGCCAAAGACAACCUUCCACCCUUUCCUGCUUCAGUAAAGGAUGGAUAUGCUGUGAGAGCGGCUGACGGCCCAGGUGAUCGCUUCAUCAUCGGAGAAUCCCAAGCUGGAGAGCAGCCCACCCACACAGUGAUGCCUGGGCAGGUGAUGAGGGUGACGACGGGGGCCCCUAUCCCCUGCGGUGCCGAUGCUGUCGUCCAGGUGGAAGACACCGAGCUCCUCCGCGAGUCUGAGGAUGGGACAGAGGAGUUGGAAGUUCGAAUUCUAGUACAAGCCCGUCCAGGACAGGACAUCAGGCCUAUCGGUCAUGACAUCAAGCGUGGGGAGUGUGUGCUGGCGAAGGGCACCCAUAUGGGCCCCUCUGAAAUUGGCCUGUUGGCCACUGUUGGGGUCACAGAGGUGGAAGUGCAGAAAUUUCCUGUUGUGGCGGUCAUGUCCACAGGAAAUGAGCUGUUGAACCCAGAGGAUGACCUCCAUCCUGGGAAAAUUAGGGACAGCAAUCGUUCCACCCUGCUUGCCACAAUCCAGGAACAUGGCUACCCCACUAUCAAUCUGGGAAUCGUUGGGGACAAUUUUAUGCCUUGCAGCCCAGAUGACCUUUUGAACGCUCUGAAUGAAGGCAUCAGCCGUGCUGAUGUCAUCAUCACCUCAGGAGGAGUGUCCAUGGGAGAGAAGGAUUACCUCAAGCAGGUGUUGGAUAUUGAUCUUCAUGCUCAGAUCCAUUUUGGUCGUGUUUUCAUGAAACCAGGGCUCCCAACAACAUUUGCCACCUUGGACAUAGACGGUGCUCGCAAACUAAUCUUUGCCCUCCCAGGUAGAAAUCCCGUGUCCGCUGUUGUCACCUGUAAUCUUUUUGUCAUCCCUGCUUUGAGGAAGAUGCAGGGUAUUUUGGACCCCAGGCCCACCAUCAUCAAAGCGAGGUUGUCAUGUGAUGUGAAGCUGGACCCUCGUCCUGAAUAUCACCGCUGCAUUUUGACGUGGCAUCACCAGGAGCCUCUGCCAUGGGCACAGAGCACAGGGAACCAGGUGAGCAGCAGACUGAUGAGCAUGCGCAGUGCCAAUGGGCUCCUGAUGCUACCUCCAAAAACAGAGCAAUACGUGGAGCUGCACAAGGGCGAGGUGGUUGACGUCAUGGUCAUUGGACGGCUAUGAUGUCAUCAGAGGGGGACGCCGGACGACGUCACAUAUAGCGAGCGUUGGAAUGGGUGGUUCACGGUGCAUGUCCACAUAUCAUUGACUAUUCUGUAAUAUGCAACGGCACAGCUAGUUUUUAUUGAUUUGGAUAACGUUGAGGUAUAGUCAACAUCUUGAUCACAACCUAGAUACAUAUUUAAAAAAAUAAUUUAAAAAGAUUAUAGUAUUUCAAACAAAGAAAAUAUAACUUUUAAUGAAAAA